AGGCAGUGGCUGUGGAUUCUGGGACAGCUGCUUUCUCUUCACAGAGCUGGAUAGUGACUUCUCACCUCUGAGAACAGCAUUUCUGGACCUGCUGGCAGCCUUUGCUACUCAGCCUUACCUAACACAAUGUCAGGCCAUCACACUCCCUCUGCUGGGGGUCCCUUCUCGGCACUUACUCCCAGCAUUUGGCCCCAGGAGAUCCUGGCAAAAUACACACAGAAAGAAGAAUCCAUGGAGCAGCCAGAGUUCCGCUAUGAUGAAUUUGGUUUCCGAGUUGAUAAGGAAGAUGGUGCUGAGCCAAACUCCAGCAAGCUUCUGGGGGUCCCACUGACGGAGGAGCCACAGCAGAGGCUCAAGUGGCAGGCUCAUCUGGAAUUCACACACAACCAUGACGUGGGUGACCUCACCUGGGAUAAAAUUGAGGUCACUCUACCACAUUCAGACAAGCUGCGCUCCCUGGUGCUAGCUGGCAUCCCACACAGCAUGAGGCCACAGCUGUGGAUGCGCCUGUCGGGGGCCUUGCAGAAGAAGAGGAAUUCAGAGAUGUCAUAUCGGGAUAUCGUGAAAAACAGCUCUAACGAUGAAACUAUUGCUGCCAAACAGAUUGAAAAGGACUUGCUCCGCACAAUGCCCAGCAAUGCCUGCUUCUCCAACAUGAACAGUAUUGGGGUGCCACGGCUGCGCAGGAUACUACGGGGACUUGCCUGGCUCUAUCCAGAGAUUGGAUAUUGCCAAGGCACUGGCAUGGUGGCUGCCUCUCUGCUGCUCUUCUUAGAGGAGGAAGAUGCCUUCUGGAUGAUGUGUGCUAUCAUUGAGGAACUGGUUCCUGCCUCCUACUUUAGCACCACCCUGAUGGGCGUGCAGACUGACCAACGUGUCCUGCGACAGCUCAUCGUGCAGUACUUGCCCCGCCUGGACAAGCUGCUCCAGGAGCACGACAUCGAGCUUUCCUUGAUCACCUUGCACUGGUUCCUCACCUCUUUCGCUAGUGUUGUCCACAUCAAGCUGCUGCUACGUAUUUGGGACCUCUUCUUCUAUGAAGGCUCUCUGGUGCUGUUCCAGCUCACUUUGGGCAUGCUUAGUAUGAAGGAGGAUGAGCUAAUCCAGUCCGAGAACUCUGCCUCUAUCUUCAACACGCUCUCGGACAUCCCAAGUCAGAUUGAAGAUGCAGAUGUGUUGCUGCGGGAGGCCAUGCGCGUGGCUGGCUCACUGACAGAUGUGGCGGUGGAGACCCAGCGUCGCAAACACUUGGCCUACCUCAUUGCUGACCAAGGGCAGCUGCUCAACUCCACCACCACUGUCAACAGUUUAUCCAAA